AAAUAAAAAUAACUUGCAACGUUGGAAGUUGGACGGUGCUUUUCACGAUCACGGAAUCCGGUAAAGAUGGCCUCCAAAAUUCUGCGAGUUUCUCCAAUGCUAUUGAAAUUAGCCAAUGGUUCAUCAUUGGUUAAGAAUUCUACCAGGCUUAGGGCUACAUCUGCUGCUCUAAAUUACGAGCAGACCCUGGUAAACGUGCCACCAACCAGACUUACUGUUUUGGACAAUGGUUUGCGAGUAGCUUCAGAGGACAGUGGUGCACCUACUGCUACAGUAGGAAUCUGGAUUGACGCUGGAUCCAGAAACGAAACUGAAGCCAACAAUGGUGUUGCACAUUUCCUGGAGCAUAUGGCAUUCAAGGGAACUGGCAAACGCUCCCAGACAGACUUGGAGCUUGAGAUCGAGAACAUGGGUGCUCACCUGAAUGCAUACACUUCUCGGGAGCAAACUGUCUUUUAUGCCAAAUGCUUGUCUGAAGAUGUUGGCAAAUCCAUUGAAAUUCUGUCCGACAUCCUCCAGAACUCCAAAUUGGGAGAGCCCGAGAUUGAGCGUGAGCGCGGUGUUAUCUUGCGAGAGAUGCAAGAGGUUGAAACCAACCUCCAGGAAGUAGUGUUUGAUCACCUCCACUCUACUGCCUACCAGGGCACUCCUUUGGGUCGCACUAUUUUAGGCCCAACCCAGAACAUCAAGUCCCUGUCCCGUGCCGAUCUUGUCACAUACAUCAAGAACAACUACGGCGCGUCUCGCAUGGUUUUGGCCGCUGCUGGUGGUAUUAAACACGAAGACCUAGUCGAAUUGGCCCAAAAGAGCCUUGGAUCUCUGUCCAACUCCUUCGAUGCCAAAAUUACUGCCCCAACUAAAUGCCGAUUUACAGGAUCGGAGAUUCGUGUGCGUGACGAUGACAUGCCGUUCGCUCACAUCGCGAUCGCUGUUGAGGGCUGUGGCUGGACCGAUGCCGAUAACUUCCCAUUGAUGGUGGCCAACACGAUCAUCGGCUCUUGGGAUCGUUCUCAAGGUGGUGGUGCUAACCUGGCCUCCAACUUGGCCAGCUAUUCUGCCCAAUCCAACUUGUGCCACUCUUUCCAGUCCUUCAACACUUGCUACAAGGACACCGGAUUGUGGGGCAUCUACUUUGUCUGCGAACCCAUGAAAUGCGAAGCCAUGCUGUACAACAUUCAAAGCGAGUGGAUGAGACUGUGCACAGCUCCCACACCGACCGAAGUUGAGCGAGCCAAGAACCUGCUUAAGACUUCGAUGCUGCUGCAACUUGACGGAACCACACCCGUCUGCGAAGAUGUUGGUCGCCAAAUGCUCUGCUACGGCCGUCGCCUGCCCCUUCACGAACUCGAGGCCCGUAUCGACUCCGUGACCCCGGCGGAUGUCCGAGAUGCCUGCAAUAAAUACAUUUAUGACCGAUGCCCCGCUGUAGCCGCUGUUGGUCCCGUUGAGGCCCUUCCCGACUACAACCGCAUUCGCUCGUCCAUGUACUGGCUUCGAGUGUAAAUUUAUCAAUAUCGAAAAAAACAGAGAAGAAAUACAGCUUCGUCGUAGUGGAAACUUUCCCCCAGUUUGAAUUAUAAAAGAUGUGCUGUUGCUGCUGUAAAUAUAUGGGAUUCAAAAUCUCUUA